AUGACUAUCAUCCACGUUGUCCAGUUCCAGUUCAAGGAGCUCAUUCCAGCGGAGGAGGUGAAGACGAUGUGCGAAUCCAUGCUGGCUCUCAAAGAUGACUGCAUCCAUCCGACGUCCAAUAAGCCGUACAUCAAGUCUCUUGUUGGUGGGCUCGACUGUAGUCCCGAGGGUCUGCAGGACGGCAUCACGCACAUUUUUGUAGCCGAGUUUGAAAGCAUUGAGGAUCGUGAUUAUUACCUCGCCAAGGACCCUGCACAUCAGGCGUUCAUGAAGCAGGUUGCGUCGGCUAUUAUCAAGGCGAGGGUGACAGAUUUUACCCCGGGUAUCUUCUAA